AUGUCAAUUAGGUUGACGAUAAGAUAUCGAACAGACUCUAUAGAAGCAAUUGCCAUGAUGACGGAUACUCUGGAAUCUCUGAAAUUAAGAAUUCAAGAAAUCACGGGAGUACCUGUCGAUUCUCAAGUGCUUCUGUUCAAUGACAGGAUCCUUAGCGAUAAUAACAAGGAACUGAAGGAGCUAGGAAUAGAGAAUGAUUGCACUUUACAUUUGAAGAAAAAGAUGGAAGUAAAAAGCGAAGGGAAGAAACCGGACUUCACUGCCUCAAUGAUGAAGAACCCUUUGGUUAAGAAUUUUCUGAAAAACCCUGAUGCAAUGAGGAGCAUUGUUGAGAUGUUUCCCGGGCUCAAGGAGGAGAUGAAUAGCAAUCCUGAGCUGAGAAUGGUGAUGAAUAGCUCAAAUCUGCAAGAUGAGCUAGAAAUGUUUUCCAUGAAUCCUGAAUACAUGAACACUCAGCUUAAGAACCUAGAUAUAACAAUGUCCAAGCUGGAAAACAUUCCUGGGGGGCUUAAUAUGAUAAGCAGCAUGAUCAAAGAUGUUCAAGAUCCUUUAUCCUCGGCACUAAAAGAAGGAAUGGGGAGAGGAUACAGGGUAAAAGAGGGAAGGAAAAUAGACAAGCCCAUUAAUGAAGCAAUUCCAGGCGUGUGCAAGGAAGAAAGCCAACUAGUGAAGUAUAAGGACAAGUUGGCCGAGCUCAAACAGAUCGGGUUCAGUGAUACCAGACGGAACUUCAUGGCUCUCAUGGCGUGUAAUGGAGAUUUGGAAGGGUCUAUAAUGUAUUUACAAGAACUCGAUAGGAAGUCAUCACCUACACAAAGGGCAAAAUAA